UCUUAUCUUAUAAUUUGUAGACAACCUUCUUGGGAUAUCCUGGGUGGACAGCGGUUGGGUACCGAUACUUAACCCGGGAAACGUACUGGAGUACUUCUCGGAGAGAAGCAACCCCUUCUAUGACCGAACCUGUAAUAAUGAGGUAGUGAAGAUGCAGCGGCUUACUCUGGAACAUCUGAAUCAGAUGGUGGGAGUGGAGUACAUUCUUCUUCAUGCUCAGGAGCCAAUUCUUUACAUAAUCCGUAAACAACAGAGGCAGUCACCAACACAAGUCAUUCCCAUGGCUGACUACUACAUCAUAGCAGGAGUGGUGUAUCAGGCCCCGGACCUGGGAACAGUUAUCAGCUCCAGAGCGCUUUCUGCUGUACAUGGAAUCCAGUCUGCUUUUGAUGAGGCCAUGUCAUACUGCCGCUAUCACCCUUCCAAAGGAUACUGGUGGCACUUUAAGGACCAGGAGGAGAGAGAAAAAACCAAGCCCAAGUCUAAGAAGAAAGAGGAACCGAGUUCACUGUUUCAGAGGCACCGCGUUGACACACUGCUUCUGGACCUCAGGUCCAAGUUUCCACCAACAUUUUACCAGCCUAAGCCUGGGGAGAAGCCUAUUCCAGUUGAGGUGAAGAAAGAGCCCGAACCCCCCACAGAAACUGUAAAACAAGAGGAAAGAGAACCAGCCACAAAGGCCUCCGCCCCGGCUCCACCAAGCAAACCGCCUCCUGAGAAGAGAGCACGGCUACAGUGACACUCUUCUCUCACUCUGUGAAGAUGGAGCAAGGAAACGUGAUGUCCUACAGCACUAACUCGGGAGAACAGCUUGGGAGUAUUUUUGUUCCCUCUUCACUCUGCUCAUUUGAUCAGUUUACAGGAUGCUAAUAAUGAGCUGGCACAAAAAGCGUCAGUUGCUUGUCUCGGUGCCAGGGCUGCUUUUACACUGUAACAUAAGUCCUGCACACGUGAUAGGUUUGGCAUCAUGGACACUUGAGGCAGCUGCACUACGCACAGGGGGUUAAAUGCUUGAUGUCAGCAGGCAUUUAGCAGUAUUCGCUAAGGAUGAGGUUUUUGAUGAUAAGCUGACCUCAGCAUCAGUGUCGGUUUACGGUUGACAUCAGCAUAAUAUUUGUGUUGUAGUGACUUCAGAGGACGGUUUAAUUCCCAGUCUGCUUUUCAGGGUGAUUUGUCAUGAAGCGUUAUCUCAUCUGAAAAAGCAAGAAGGAUUCUUGAUUUGAGCGCCUCUCUUUAAUUUCAAACACUUUCAUCUGUUUGUUUGUUUUUUUGUAAAGAAUUCUCUGCUUUUUGUGUUUUUUGUAUUAAAACGUUCCAGCUUCUGUA